UAGUUCGCAGGACCUUUCACACCCUUAUCACCCCCCUGCAUCACCAAUCGAUUCAGAAGCUUAUCGUCUCCAUUAGUUACCUGCUACGACGUCCCAUUCAAUGAAUCCUUCUUCCGGACAGUCAAGUGCAGAUUCCGAGGCGAUAAACGUGGACGCAGGCACAAUUCCGCAUGACACAAGGCUCGACCCCAAUUGUAUAUUCUGCAAAAUCGUUACCGGGGAAGCACCGAGUUUCAAGGUGUAUGAAACGAAAUACAGUCUCGCUUUUCUCGCGAAGCCUCCUGUUUCUCAUGGGCAUACUCUUAUCAUACCCAAAUACCACUCCCGGACAUUAACGGAUCCCGGAAUUCCGGAUGAGUUCCUCGCGGACGUUGGUCCUAUAAUGAAGAAGAUAGCAGUGAUGAACGGCGAAGAUUCAUACAAUAUCAUCCAGAACAACGGCAGGACAGCCGGGCAAAGCGUCGACCAUGUACAUUUCCACGUUGUGACGAAGCCAAUAGGCCAAGCUUCUCAGGGACUCGUCCUAACACCUGAGAGUUGGCCUUCGUACCCUAUGACCGAUGACGAAUACGCUCGCGACGCAGCUCAGAUGAAGCAGAUCGGUAAGAGUCAUGGAUACCCGGGCGUUUCGGAUUAGAGUUUGGGUACAUGCGGAGUGAGAGGAUGGAGAUUUGCGGAAGUAACUUAUUGAGGUUGUUGAGUUUAUUGUCGUGCGAGGGGUAUUAUGGUAAUCUGGUAUGAUAUUUCCUUGGCUGUCUGCAGAUAUCCGUCGCAGUAUACAAUGAACCUAUGCAGCCAAUACCCAUGUAUUCUUAGUUUUCAUUUUGAAUCAGUCACUUUUUCUUGUAAUACACAAUACCUAACGCCCCUUCAUGGGUACGUGGAGAUGACGUGAACUACAUUGUGAAGUACUUCGAGACGGGUUUGUACGGUGCCGGAUCAGUUCAAAUAUUAUACACACAUGCUGAAC